UGCAGUGUCAGUCUCUCAGUGUCCACAGUAGAAAGCGAUCCAAGCGGCAGUGUGGGAACUAGCAAACAAACACAGCCAAGCGGUGCGUAAAAGGCUGCCGUCCUUUUGGCUUGAUCGUUGCGCGCGGGAGAACGGACCGGGAUAUCUUCAUUGGAGAUGUGAGUUUCAGGACUUUAACAAGACUCGCAGCCCCCGCUCUCCAAGAUGAAGUUCCUCGCCUGCGCCCUCGCCACUUUGCUGCUUGUACGAUCCAGCGCUGCGCAGUCAGUUUGUCCUGGUACAGAGAACAAGUUGAGCACCCUCUCGGACCUGGACCAGCAGUACCGCACCCUGAAGAAGCUGUAUGAGAAUUGUGAAGUCGUCAUGGGAAACCUGGAGAUAACCAGCAUUGACCGCAACCGCAAUCUCUCCUUCCUCAAGUCCAUAAGAGAGGUGACAGGCUACGUGCUGGUGGCCCUGAACCAGUUCGACUACCUGCCGCUGGAGAACUUGCGGAUCAUCAGGGGCACCAAGCUGUAUGAGGGCCGCUACGCCCUCGCCAUCUUCCUCAACUACAGGCGGGAUGGGUACUAUGGACUACGGCAGCUGGGCCUGCGCAAUCUCACAGAGAUCCUGAAUGGGGGCGUCUAUGUUGACCAGAACAAAUUCCUGUGCCAUGCGGACACCAUCCACUGGCGCGACAUUAUCAAGAACCCGCAGGCGGAGCUGCUGGUCGUGCCAUCCAAUAACAGCAACCUGGGAUGCAGACGCUGUCACCGCUCCUGUAACGGACGCUGCUGGGGUCACCAGGACGACCAGUGUCAGACCUUGACGAAGACGGUGUGCGCGGAGCAGUGUGACGGUCGAUGCUUCGGACCGUACGUCAGCGACUGCUGCCACCGCGAGUGCGCCGGCGGCUGCUCGGGUCCCAAGGACACGGACUGCUUUGCUUGCACCAAUUUCAACGACAGCGGCGCAUGUGUGACCCAGUGCCCUCAGCCGUUUGUGUACAAUCCGACAUCAUUCCAGCUUGAGCACAAUCCCAAGGCAAAGUACACCUACGGAGCCUUUUGUGUCAAGAAAUGCCCACAUAACUUUGUGGUGGACCAUAGCUCAUGUGUCCGAGCGUGUCCUAGCAACAAGAUGGAAGUGGAGGAGAACCGCAUCAAAAUGUGCAUUCCAUGUACAGACAUCUGCCCUAAAGUGUGUGACGGCAUUGGGACGGGCAGCCUGCAAACCGCUCAAACGGUGGACGCCAGCAAUAUUGAUAAAUUUGUUAACUGCACAAAAAUCAAUGGCAACCUCAUCUUCCUCAUCACCGGGAUUAAAGGGGACAUGUAUCAUGGAAUCGGACCGAUGGAUCCCGAGCGCCUCAACGUAUUUCGCACUGUGAAAGAGAUCACAGGUUACCUCAACAUCCAGUCUUGGCCCGAGAACAUGACCGAUCUGAGUGUUUUUUCCAACCUGGCAACCAUAGGCGGGAGAUCCCUUUACAGUGGAAGCGGUAUCUCCCUGCUGAUCUUGAAGCAGCGCUGGAUCUCCUCCUUGCAGUUCCAGUCGCUGGAUGAGAUCAGCGCCGGCAAUGUCUACAUAUUCAACAACAGCCGUCUAUGCUUCUACAAUACCGUCAACUGGACGUCACUCUUCCGGACAUCGAGCCAGAAAGUGCUUAUCCGCAACAACCGUGAGCCGAAGGAGUGCACCCAGCAGCGCAUGGUGUGUGAUCAGAUGUGCUCCGACGAAGGUUGCUGGGGCCCGGGACCUGACCAGUGUCUCUCCUGCCGCUACUUCAGGCGAGGCCGCACCUGCGUCGAAUCCUGCAAUCUUUUUGAUGGGGAAGCGCGUGAAUUCGCCAAUGGAUCCGUGUGUUUGCAGUGUGACAGCCAGUGUGAGAGGAUGGACGGUGACGCCAUGACUUGUGUUGGCCAGGGUCCAGACCAGUGUGUGAAGUGCCUCCACUUCAAAGAUGGGCCCAACUGUGUCGAGAAGUGCCCUGACGGCUUGCAGGGCGCCAACAGUUUCAUCUUUAAGUACGCCAAGGCAAACAACGAGUGUCACCCCUGCCAUGCCAACUGCACCCAAGGGUGCAUCGGGCCAAGACUCCAAGAUUGUGUUGGGAUGAUGGACAGGACGCCCCUCAUCGCCGCUGGGAUCAUUGGCGGGCUGUUCAUCAUUGUCAUCGUGGCGCUCAGUGUCGCCGUGUACGUUCGGCGUAAAAGCAUCAAGAAGAAGAGGGCCUUGCGUCGCUUCCUGGAGACGGAGCUGGUCGAGCCCCUGACCCCCAGUGGGACAGCCCCCAACCAGGCUCAGCUGCGCAUCCUGAAGGAGACGGAGUUGAAGAGGGUCAAGAUUCUCGGCUCAGGGGCUUUUGGGACCGUCUACAAGGGCAUCUGGGUCCCAGAAGGUGAGACGGUGAAGAUCCCCGUGGCUAUUAAAAUCCUAAACGAGGCCACAGGUCCCAAAGCCAAUGUGGAGUUCAUGGACGAGGCUCUGAUCAUGGCCAGCAUGGAGCACCCUCACCUGGUACGCCUGCUGGGUGUGUGCUUGAGCCCGACCAUCCAGCUGGUCACACAACUGAUGCCACACGGCUGCCUCCUCGACUACGUGCACGAGCAUAAGGACAACAUCGGCUCGCAGCUGCUGCUCAACUGGUGCGUCCAAAUUGCCAAGGGUAUGAUGUACCUUGAAGAAAGGCGUCUGGUCCACAGGGAUUUGGCUGCCCGCAAUGUGUUGGUGAAGUCGCCCAAUCACAUCAAGAUCACCGACUUCGGCCUUGCGCGUCUGCUGGAUGCUGACGAGAAGGAGUACAACGCAGACGGGGGCAAGGUCGGUAUGCCGGUUAAAUGGAUGGCUCUCGAGUGCAUCCACUACAGGAAGUUCACUCAUCAGAGCGACGUGUGGAGUUAUGGAGUGACCAUCUGGGAGCUGAUGACUUUUGGAGGCAAACCAUAUGACAGUAUCUCCACACGGGAGAUCCCAGACAUCUUGGAGAAAGGGGAGCGCCUACCGCAGCCGCCCAUUUGCACCAUCGAUGUCUACAUGGUCAUGGUCAAAUGCUGGAUGAUUGAUGCUGACAGCAGGCCCAAGUUUAAGGAGCUGGCUGCUGAGUUCUGCAGGAUGGCACGGGACCCCCAACGAUACCUGGUCAUCCAAGGAGACGAUCGGAUGAAGCUCCCCAGCCCCAACGACAGCAAGUUCUUCCAGAGCCUUCUGGAUGAGGAGGACCUGGAUGACCUGAUGGAUGCUGAGGAGUACCUGGUGCCUCGCGGUUUUGACGGAACUCAUCCGUCACACACAGCAAGACCUCGAGUUGACUCAAACCGAAACCAGUUUGGCUAUCGGGAAGGAGGGCCAAACUCUUCAGAGGGUCUCGUGGCCGGGGCCCAGGCCUGUGUAAAGCAGGAAGCCGCCGGGGGGCAGGGUCCCAGCCUGGAAGACCAACGCUGCAACGGGAACCUGCAGAAGAAGAGUCUGAGCCAAGCUGGGGCCGAAGACAAUGGAGGGCAGCGAUACAGCGCUGACCCCACCAUCUUCCUGGGGGAGAGGGUCUCCAGAGACACGGAUGAAGAUGGAUACAUGACUCCUAUGAAGGACAAGAGCUCAUCAGAAUACCUGAAUCCAAUUGAGGAAAACCCCUUUGUCUCGCGGCGUAAAAAUGGGGAGAUCCAUGCGUUGGACAACCCAGGCUACCACAGCACCCCCAGCAGCCAGCCCAAAGCGGAGGACGAAUACAUCAACGAGCCCCUCUACUUCAACACCUUCCAUAGCACAGCUGAGACCCUGCGGAGAAACGGUCUGCCUCUUCCCACCCAGCCGCCCUCUUCCAUCUCAGCCACCACCUCAGGGUCCCACCUCCCACUUAGCAUCCAGACCAGCCUGCCUCACUACCCUAUCCCCACGGCUCAGCCGUCUCCGUCUGGCAUGCCCUGCCACCACGGUCCGCUGACCCACAUCCUCCACGCCCACCACACCAUCAAACCGACAGCACAAGCUAGCAUUCUCGGUGUCGGCCCCACCAGCCAGAGCCAAACAGGAACUACAGCUAAGGCCUCGGCGUGCCAUUCAGGUGUACCAUCCACCGCGGCCCCCGUUGGGCACGCCAGCCUGCCAGCCUACCAGAGCCACAUAGCCUCGCAGCCUGCCAGCCUGCUGAAGCACGGGGGACAGACAGCAGGUAAAGCCACUGGGAAGAAGCUGAAGGUAACCUUUGACAAUCCGGAAUACUGGCAGCACAGCUUGCCUCCCAAACCAUCUGACAGCACCCAGGGCGGGUCCACCAAUGCUAAGCUCUUCUACAAGCAGAACGGACACAUACGGCCAGCAGUAGCUGAAAACCCCGAAUACAUGUCUGAGUUUUCCCUGAAGUCUGGGCCCGUUCUGCCACCUCCUCCCUACCGGCAGAGGAAUACCGUGGUGUAGAUUGAUCCGCAGCCUCUAGAAACCUCUGCAGUAACCCAACCAGAGCCUCCACAAACUCCUACCGAUCCAUUCUGUUCAUCGUAGACUGUAGCAACAUACCGAGGCGGAAAGACCCAAACCGAGCAGAACGAUAUCUACAUUUCUAGGGACUGCCAUCCGAGACACUGGGAAUGUGGAGGACGCAUCAUGCUGUGGACAUACGGUCAUUUCCAGCAAAACACACGGCGUCUGAACCCAUCACCAGCCGCCCCGCUGUGUCACUUGGAAGAGCAGAACAAGAAUGUUUUUUCCUUUUUUCAAUAUAAAUCGAUGUGGCUGACGGUAACCUACGAAGGACUCGAAAUGUGUUUUUUCUCAGCUACAAAGAGCAAUUAGUAUCUAAUGGAGGAAACAAGUCUGAAAAGCCGAUCAAUCCCGCUCAUAUUUAUACAGUACUGUAGACUUUCUUUCCACAGGUUUGGUGAUAAACUGUAACUGUGCUACUGUGACAACAUUUACAUUUACACCUAUUUUCCUCCAAAACACGAAAGGUCAGGUGCCGGCAUCCUGUUUUGCGUGUUGAACCGCCCUGAAAGCAGCAGAAAGAUUAUAUCAGACAAAGCUGUGUAAAAAUCGCCUGAUCUGAAUUUGGAAAGAAAUGGUAGAAAUAAUUUAGCACUAUAUUUUAGAGCCAUGCCACACCACAACCAUGUCAGAUCCAUCAUUGGUGUUCAAAAACCUCAUUACGAGGUAAUAGAGCCACCUACGUUCUACUUGCCAAUCAUGCUGUUUUGAAAGAAAUACUGUGUGGGAAAAAGUGUUUGCCCCCUUCCUGUUUUCUUAUUUUUUGCAUGUUUGUCACACUUAAAAUUUCAGAUCAUCAAACAAAUGUAAAUAUUAGUCAAUGACAACACAACUCAACACAAAAUGCACUUUUUAAAUGAAACUUUUUAUUAUUAAGGGAGGAAAAACAUCCAAAGCUACAUGGUCCUGUGUGAAAAAGUGAUGGCCCCCUAAAGCUAAUAAGUGGUUGGGCCCCCCUUAGCAGCAACAACUGCAAUCAAGCGUUUGUGAUAACUUGCAAUGAGUCUCCUACAGCGCUGGGGAGGAAUUUUGUCCCACUCAUCUUUGCAGAAUUGUUGUCAUUCAGCCGCAUUGGAGGGUUUUCCAGAGUGAAGUGCCUUUUUAAGGUCAUGCCACAGCAUCUCAAUAGGAUUCACGUCAGGACUUCAAGGUCAUCAUUUUGUUUUUCUUCAUCCAUUCAGAGGUGGACUUGCUGGUGUGUUUUGGAUCAUUGUCCUGCUGCAGAACCCAAGUUGCUUUCAGCUUGAGGUCCCCAACAGAUGGCCGGACAUUCUCCUUCAGCACAAUUCAUGCUUCCAUUUAUCACAGCAAGUCUUCCAGGUCCUGAAGCAGCAUAACAGCCUCAGACCAUCACACUACCACCACCACAUUUUACUCCUGGUAUGAUGUUCUUUUUCUGAAAUGCGGCGUCACUUUUACGCCAGAUGUAUUGGGACACACACCUUCCAAAAAGUUCAACAUUUGUUUCGGAAGACCACAGAUUAUUUUCCCAAAGGUCUUGGGGAUCAUCAAGAUGUUUUCUGGCAAAACUGCCUUAAUGUUGUUUUUGUUCAGCAGUGGUUUUUGUCUUGGAAGUCUGCCAUGGAGGUCGUUUUUGCCCAGUGUCUUUCUUAUGGUGGAGUCAUGAACACUGACCUUAACUGAGAAGUGAAGCCUGCAGUUCUUUAAAUGUUGUUGUGGAUGAGUCAUCGCUGCACUCUUGGGGUCAUUUUGGUUGGCCGGCCACUCCUGGGAAGGUUCGCCACUGUUCCAUGUUUUGGCCAUUUGUGGAUAAUGGCUCUCACUGUGGUUCACUUUAGAAAAGUUUAGAAAUGGCCUUAUAACCUUUUCCACUUGAACUCAGGUGUGAUAAACCACAUCUAAGUCAUGUUUUAACGGUGGGGCAAUCACCUUUUCACACAGGGCCAUGUAGGUUAGGAUUUUUUUCUUCCCUCAAAAUAAAGAGUUUAAUUUAAAAACUGCAUUUUGUGUUCAGUUAUGUUGUCAUUGACUAAUACUUAAAUUACUUUGAUUAUCUGAAACAUUCAAGUGUGAGAAACACGCAAACAAGAAAUCAGGAAGGGGGCAAACACCUUUUCACACCACUGUAUAAUAAAUUAAAAAUAAUAUAUCAAUAUAAUAAUAUAUCACGCCUCACAAAAGUGAAAAAGUUAAUAAAAGGUGGUUACCUAAUGGAGGACAUUUUCAGUACCUUCAUAAUACGUACUUUUUUACUGUUAAAGUGAAAAAUAGAACUUUAUUUUCUGUAAGAAAUUCUAAAAAAUGUUGGGCAACGGGCUGGAGAAGGUUCACAUCCAGAAGACAAGAUCAGAAUUACUCAUGUUCACACAGACCUGGGAAAAAAAUGAACGAAUGACUGAAAACGCUGUGCAGUGGAUCCCCGCACAUUCGCGAUUCGGCACUUGCGACGCUGCAAAUUGGCAGAUUUUUGGUCAACACAUUUUUAUUUUCUAAAAAUAAGCCAUUUUUUUCCACAGAAAAAAGUUGGUAAUAAUUUAUAAAUACAUGAUAAUUAAGGUCAAAUGUACAGCCAGUGUGUACCAGCCCACAAUUAUUACAUGUUUAUGUCUGUAUGCUUCACUCAUCAUGUUUUUUGCCAAGCACUGAGAUGUCACACUUUGUUCGGCAGUCCUUGAACGCACCAUAGUAACGUGAAGCAAAGCAAAAGUGAAAAGUUUUUGUUAUAAAUUUGUUCCAAAAGGUCAGACAGAAACCGAAACGUAUGAAAACGGAAGCAAUUUUUCUCGUACGAAGUCCAAUUAAUCCAUUCCAAACCCCCAACAAUAUGAACAAAAUGACAUUUUAUCGAGAAUAAUUAUAGUGUUCCAUGCAGAAAACAAAAUGAAAUGCAUAUAAAUGGCGAAUGAUAUGGAUAAGUGGACAUGUAACAUGACUUGUACCCAUGACUUGUAUGGUAAAGACGAGUGUGCCACAAGCAGACACUUUUAUGGCCGUCUCAAUGACUUGCGUUUUUUUCACCAUUCGCUGGCAAGUCUGGAAAUGGAACCCAAGCAAAAUAAGGGGAUCUCCUGUAAUAUGCAUUCCGGGCCACAAGUUGGCAUUUUAAAACAACACCACACACGCCAAAUGCUUGUCUUUUGCGUGUUAUCCAAAACUUUUUUUACUGUGAUGUGCUCAUAACAGGCUCAACGCAUGCACGUUCUUCAUUUUUCAAGAUGAACAUUUUUCUGUUUCCCAGCCGCCGUUGGUGCUCCAUCAUACAGCCUUCCCAGGGCGCUGAAUGGACCUCAGCUGGUCUGUUCAGGUUGUCUUUGAAGACGUUGUGCCACCCAUCUGAGCGGGCUUUAUCAGUUCACGCUUAACGACUAGAUAGGACGGUUCUAGUCUGAGGGGUUGGUGCUUUCUUAACGACUGUCGUUUUGCACCACAAAAGUGUGAAACCGUUCUCGUCUGGCUCUAAUAACAUUAAAAAUCGCAUUCAAAAGGUCAAAAACAGGUUUUUUGUGCUCUACUUACAAAAAUAUUUGACUUAUAAAUAAUAAAAAUGUUAUUAACUUAUCACAGUCGGGUCUGGAACCAAUUAACCGUGAUAAACGAGGGAUUAGUUUAUUCACAGACACAUCAAACAGCCAUUAAUUAUUCCUUCUUCUGCCAAGUCAUACACAACACGUUUGCCAGAAAAGGCAACUCACAGCUUGCCAAGCAACGACGUUUCCCCCUCUGAGAUUCCGCUUUGUCGCCGAGUCGUCAUCACUGGGACGUCCUGGCUGUGUUUUCUUCCUUCCAGGUUGUUUAUUUGUGUGUUUUAAUAUACGUGCUGAAAUGGCAACCUCCCCGUGACGCGCUUGGAUCAAACUGGUGGGGUAGAAAGACACGACUUCUUCCAGAAAUAUCCAACUUGUUUAUCUGCUCGCUCACCACUUCAGAACCCCAAGUACUAACAAAGAUCAGUGGCUCCACGUCGGCCAAGAGUUCACCAAGGAAACACUUUUUUGAGGGGGUGACCGGCUUCAGGAAUAUAUUCUAUUUCAAGUGUGUGUGUUUGUUCCAAACAGUAGUCAUAAUGUUGCUUUGAUGGUGUCAUGAUUAUUUGAUGAAGGAGUAUUUUGUAAUCCCUUUUGGAGCUGCAAACUCAUUGAAAUGGAGACAGUAUUUAAUGUCGGCUGUGAAAUAUUUAUAGCACGUUUGAGCUUGUUUAUGUGGUGCAAUGGAAGCAACUGCCAAAUGCGGGUUUUCAAGGAAAGAAAAAAGGGGAUGAUGGUGAUAAAAAGGCACAUCUACAUGUUUGCCCCAAAUCAUCAGGCAGGCAAAGUGGAUGUUUUGAAUCAAGAGGGAGGCCGAGGACGCUGCCGGCUUGACUUGUUGUUUGAGUCGGGAAGGCUGCAAGUUUGCACGGAAGCGAUCGUUUUUCUCUCGUGUGCAUUUCUUGUUUCCAGACAGAUACCUUCUACUAACCUCACUGCCACGCCUCCUUCUUUCUCUCCUUUAUACCCUGUAAUCCCCUUUCAUGUUUAUCUCCUUCUCUGCUCCCUGUGCGCCACGGGAUCCGUCACAAAACGUGAUUUCAUUUACGUUUGGUGAUCUCCGCUUCUGUGUUUCCUUUACGCUACGUGUUAUCAGUCUGAUGUGAUUUCCUUUCAUGUUUCCUCUACCAGAUCCUCUCCUUUACAUCAUGUCCGCCCCUUCCACGGUCUGCUUCCCUCUUGCGUACAUGCCAUGGGAUGUCCUUCCAUGUUUCCUUGCCACCUUUUAUGGAUUACCAUGUGUUCUAUUUCUUUAGCUCUCAUGGUCCCCUCCUGUGGUUCACUCAUGCCAAGUGAUCUUCCCUGCUUCCUUAACGCCACAAUAUCUUAUCUAGCACAUUACAGUCAAACUUCGCUUUUCCUGGAAAAUUUUUGCCUCGGUUUUCAAACUAGUCCAUUUCUCCUGUAAUGUGUCCUUAGGCUAAAUCGAGUGCCUGGACAAAGCACCCUACGCGUUGCUGACUCACCGUCCAUGCAUUUAAAAAAUAUAUAUAUAUUGUUAAAUAACCUGCCAUGGGGCCCAAAAAGUUUGGGAGUGCGAGCAGUUUGAUAAAGAAGGUGAGAAACACUAUUGAAUUCCAUCUCGCCAGGAUGUACAGGAAGUCUGCAUAAAUAAUUCGUUCCAUUCCUUCAUUGUUUAAAAUUAUUUUCCAUCCAUCCAUCCAUCUUCUCCUGCUUAUUCGAGAUCAGGUCGCGGCGGCAGCAGCCUAAGCAGGGAGUCCCAGAUUUUCCACUUCGUCCAGCUCCUGCCGGCGGGUCCCGAGGCGUUCCCAGGCCAGUUGGGAGACAUAGUCUCUCCAACGUGUCCUGGUCUACCGGUCAGACUUGCCCUGAACAUCCGGGAGCCCCCUCAUCUGGCUCCUCUCAAUGCGGAGGUGUAGCAGUUCUACUCUGAGCUUCUCCCGGAUGACAGUGCUUCUCACCUCAUCUCUAAGGGAGAGCCCAGCCCCCCUACGGAGAAAACUCAUUUCGGCCGCUUGUACCCGCAAUCUUGUCCUUUCGGUCACUACCCAAAGCUCAUGACUGUGGAUGAGCAUUAGGGACGUAGCCCGACCAGUACAUUGAAAACCGAACUGUAUUUUUGGCAAUAAUUUUCAUCGAAAACCGAAUCGUACGAAAAGCGAGAUACCACUGUAUAUCUGUAAUCUGGACUUCUCAGUUUUGUGUGUUAUUUAUCCAAUCCAUGAGGUGUUCUGCUGUUUAUUUCACGUGAACUGUAAUUGCACAAAUCACUGCUGACAAGUUGAUUUUCCGUGUUUAAAGUAUAACUGUACAGAAUUGUUGGGGUAUCUAAUGCACUUCAGAUGUGAAUAGUAUUUUUAUAAAAGCACUGAAAUAAUGGCCAACAAUGACAAAUUGUAAAUAGGGACGGUGCUGCUUUGGAUUUCUACGCUCUACUUUUUUCCUCCUGCUUUCAUCUGCUGCACACACACACACACACACACACACACACACAGACACACACAAAAAAGCGACCUGUCGUACGUAUUUGCUUCAUGUGAGUGCACCCUUUUUGACAAACGGAGGUUUGGAUUGAACAUGCGAGCUGACCCUUCUGUAAACAUCGUGCCUGCCUUUGUGUGAUGUUUGUUAGUUGGCAGUGGGCGGGGCUUCCUGUCAUCACACUGAUCCUAUCUGCUCUUUUUCUACCGAAAGUCUUUCUGAGCCAAGUCCGACAUCUUCCUCUUUUGAUUGGCCCGGGACAACCUGUUUUCUCUUCUGCAUGCUUCUAGUGGGGACAGAGCCAAGAGAGGCCUUUGCCGCUAGCGUUGCCCCUUUAUCCUCUCUGUGUUCUUUGCAGACCAUACCCAAAGCUUUGUACCAUAGAAGUACUGUUCCUCAUGUUUGUUACAUGAAUCUGUCAAAAGUAUAUUUUUAAUUUAAUAUAAAUAAAGAUGGAUUCUGUAAA